CGACAUUCAUCAAGGGAUCCCAAUCACACACAGCUUGAAAGAACACCGCAACCAUGGGUAAGGUGCACGGAUCUCUCGCCCGUGCCGGUAAGGUCAAGUCGCAGACUCCAAAGGUCGAGCCACAGGAGAAGAAGAAGACUCCAAAGGGCCGCGCCAAGAAGAGAAUCACAUACACUCGCCGUUUCGUCAACGUUACUAUGACCGGCGGCAAGAGGAAGAUGAACCCAAACCCAACCUCAUAAAGAGCGCGACAAGAUGAAAUGAUGGGGAGAAGGGAACGGCUAUGAAAUGGGCGGACACGACAUCGAACGUGGAUGAUGCGGUGAAACGCAAAUACAUCAGCAGGCGUUUUAUCUGUGAGGUGCCGCGGCUCUUUUCUGGCAUGAAUGUGUUGAGAGUCGGCGCUUCCAUGAUGUGAUACUGGAAUGCGUGGCUUGAGGAUUAGACGACCGUUGCAUUGUCUCUAGUAGGGCUAUGAAGACGGUGGGAAGGCUGAUGUUUUCGUAUGCUGAAAGGUAGCUCGUAUUGCAAAAGCUUUCCACGC